CGUCCGCACGACCCUCGAUGCAGUAGACGCUGAUCGCCGGGACGCCAAGGGUCGUCUUUCGCGUCGUCAUAGUCGUUGACACAUUAAAAAAUUGCACGACCGAUAAAUUCGACAUAAGAUUUCAUUAAGAGAUUUCAAAAACCGGAUUCGAAAAUUUGGUAUGUUCGAAACGUUGAAUUAAUGCGAGUGAAUAUUUCACGGUUCAAAGUGCGAAACACAGCGACAUUUAUGGCGCGUUCAUGUAGUGCUACAUCGAUCAGAAAAUUUGGGUCAACGGAGAGAAGAGUUUAAGGAUUUUUUUUUACGACUUAUUUACGACUUUACGAAUUAUUCGAACUCCGUUUUUUUUUGAUAAUUUUUUUGCGUGGCAUAAUUUUAUACAAAGUGAUCAGGGAGAAAGAGGCUUUACUAUUAAAGGGUAGUGAUGCAAGGAGCGAGGAUGCUGAGGAUCAUGAGAGUCGGGGUCAAUGGAUUCAGAGGAUUUCAUUCUUCCAGCAAGAGACAUGAUGCUGUGCCAGCAUCCACGAGAUUUGGAAAUGUAAAAUAUUUGGACGCCGCUCUUGGAACUGCAGUGGAAGAAAAACAUUCUCAAACACGCGAAUACAGCUUCAUUCAUGACAGCCACUAUAUGUAUACUCGAGAUCAAGAUCAAGCAACGAACGCUGAAGAUGCUUUAUUCGACAUGUUUAAAAAUGAAGAAACUGGCCUCGUAACGGUGGGAAAAUUUCUAGCUGCUUUAAGGAUAACCGGCUUGCGGAAAAAUGAUCCUCGUCUGCAAGAACUUACGGAUAAUUUGAAAAAGGAACAUGCAAAGACAGGUCAAGAAGGUAUAUCACACGAAACGCAAAAGCUAAAUAGAGAACAAUUUAGAAGAAUUAUAAAUCCCAAUAUCGUUCUGAUCUCACGAGCGUUCAGGCACCAGUUCAUAAUUCCCGACUGGCUGGGUUUCACGAAGCACAUCGAGGAUUUUUAUUGGAAGUGCAAGACAAACACCGAAGGCAAGGUCGCUUCCUAUAUACCGCAGUUAGCCAGAAUGAAUCCGGAAUAUUGGGGCGUAUCUGUGUGCACCAUUGAUGGCCAGCGGUUCAGUAUCGGCGACACCUCAAUUCCGUUCACCCUUCAAAGUUGCAGCAAACCUUUGACCUAUGCGAUAGCCUUGGACAGAUUGGGUCCGGAAGUGGUACAUCAAUACGUUGGCCAAGAACCGUCCGGUAGAAAUUUUAACGAGCUUGUGCUCGAUUAUAACAAGAAGCCACACAACCCUAUGAUAAACGCCGGUGCGAUACUGAUUUGCUCGCUUUUGAAAACAUUAGUCAAGCCGGAAAUGGGCCUGGCAGAAAAAUUCGACUUCACGAUGAACUACUUCAAAAGAUUGGCCGGCGAAGAAAGUCUUGGCUUCAACAACGCUGUUUUCUUAUCGGAGCGAGAAGCGGCUGACAGAAAUUAUGCUUUAGGAUUUUAUAUGAGGGAACACAGUUGUUACCCAGACAAAUCAAAUUUGCGCGAAAUUAUGGACUUCUAUUUCCAGUGCUGCGCCAUGGAAGCAAAUUGCGAGACGAUGGCAGUGAUGGCAGCCACACUAGCAAACGGCGGCAUAUGUCCGACCACCGAAGAAAAAGUCUUAAAACCGGACAGCGUUCGUGACGUAUUAAGUCUUAUGCACAGCUGCGGCAUGUACGACUAUAGCGGGCAAUUCGCAUUCAAAGUUGGUAUACCAGCGAAAUCUGGUGUGUCAGGAAGCCUUCUGGUGGUAAUUCCAAAUGUUAUGGGAAUAUGCAUGUGGUCUCCACCCUUGGAUCCGCUUGGCAAUUCCUGUCGCGGUGUGCAAUUCUGCGAAGAGCUCGUGCGCGAAUUUAAUUUUCACAGAUAUGAUAACUUGAAGCAUGCGACGAACAAAAAGGAUCCUAGACGGCACAAGUAUGAGACGAAAGGCCUUUCGAUCGUUAAUCUUCUGUUCAGCGCUGCCAGUGGUGAUGUCACAGCGAUGAGAAGACAUCGACUAAGCGGGAUGGACAUGACUUUGUCGGACUACGACGGCAGAACCGCGUUGCACUUGGCCGCCAGCGAAGGUCAUCUGGAUUGCGUCGAGUUUCUGAUCGAGCAGUGCGGAGUCCUACAUAAUCCCAAGGACAGAUGGGGCAAACGACCAGUCGACGAAGCGGAAACUUUCGGGCAUAUGCAAGUAGUAGAAUAUUUGAAUAACUAUGCUCUCGCUCACAAAACCGAGCUAGAGAACAAACAGAACGAGACUGAUGACGAGAACGAGUCUAAAACGCAAGACACAGCGGUGCAAUCGCCAUUACCGUAAACAAUAAUGAGCGACGAAUUUACGCGAAACUUAAGGAUGGAACAAAGGAUUGUGUAAAAGCUAUCGAGAAAAUACAUUUUUAAAUAGUAUGAAUAUAUUUUUAUUUUAAUUUUUUUUGUUAUAUUUAAACAACAUAUAACAUAGAUUUGCCAUGUCAUUUAUUCGUAUAAGAAUUAUUUGCCAAUUGCACGCAUUUUCUUAUUCAAUGUGUGCAAAGUUUAAUAGGAAAUUUUAUAUGAAAAUUUACAUUAUCUUUAAAGGAAUCAUAAUAAGGGAGCAAUAAUUUUUAUCUAUUAUUUUCAAGAUGUGUUAGAGUAUUAGAAAAUACAUAUAACAUGACUUUGUUUUACUUAUUAUAUUCGAUAUAAUCUCGAUAGCACACUCAGAUUAGUAGAAACUGUGAUUGAUAUUAUGUUACGCAUGUGCUUUUUUAUUUAAUUAUUUUAGCAUUAAGAGUUCCUAAUAAUGAAGUGUUUGCUUCAUCGUUUUAUUAAUUUCUAUAUUUUUUAUUUAUCUCGUUACAUUCUAUUGCUAGAGAAGUCUAUUAUUUUUUAAAAUAGUCUUUAUUUUAUUAUUCUGU